AUGGAAUUUGCUGUUUCUGUAAAUGAUGAAGGAGAGAGACGGAUAAAGCACUACAGUAGCUGUCAUAGGAUAUUAUUAGUGGGUGAGGGUGAUUUCUCCUUCUCUGCUUGCUUAGCCACAGCUUUUGGCUCUGCUGUAAAUAUGGUUGCUACUUCUCUUGAUUCACAAGAGUCGUUAAAGAUAAAGCAUCCUACUGCGAAAGCCAAUUUGGAGCAACUUAAGGAGCUGGGUUGCACCGUUUUGCAUGGAGUAGAUGCCAGUACCAUGAGCUGUGACCCAUUCCUCAAUUCCAAAUUAUUUGAUAGAAUAGUGUUCAAUUUUCCUCAUGCAGGUUUCUCUCGCCGUGAAAACGAUUUCCUCCAAAUUUUGUCUCACCAGAUGGUGGUGAAGGGCUUCCUAAGGAGUGCACGUGUCAUCCUGACAUGGAAUGGAGAAGUGCACGUGACCCACAAGACGACAUACCCUUACAAUGAGUGGGAAAUAGAGAAGUUAGGAGAGGAAGUUGGGCUGCGUUUGGUUGAGAAAGCAUUGUUCUCAAAAUGGGAUUAUCCUGGUUAUAAUAACAAAAGAGGAGAUGGAAGUAGAAGCAAUCAGACCUUUCGUGUUGGUGAAUGCGCUACUUUCAAAUUCUCCCACCCUUAA